UGCCGAUCUAGGGAGGCGGCCCCACUUGGGCCAGGACCACCUCGGCGCCGCGGCAGCUGGACAGAACGCGGCAUGGGGUGUCUUCUGGGCGCCGGCCCUGGCCACAGCCCUCCCUGGAAGAGGCUGCUUCUAACAGGUAUCCUGAUCGCAUCCUGCACCUGCUCUGCCUCCUUGGAGCCGCCCUCCCCUACGUCUCCAGACCCCUUGACCGCAGUGGCCAGGGCCUGCCUGCCUGUCCCUGAGGGCCCCAAUGGCCUUCUUCCCCCUUCUUGGUUCCGGAAGCACAAGACCCGGCUGGAAACCAUGAUCUACCCCCAUCAGGGCCUCCCGGCACCCGGCCACACUGCCGGCCCGGAGACGCUGGACACCAGCGGCGACCUGAUCGAAGCUGGAGACACAGCGGUGGAAGGUGGCAGGGCCAGUUCCAACGGGGUGAUGCUGCUGACCUUCCCCAGUGCCGUCAGGGGCGUGAUCCAGAGCGACCUCAACUACUCGGUGGUCCUGGAGUGUUUGGCGUCUUACAUCACCCCCAAACCCACGAUGCACUGGACCUUCGAGGGGAAGCCCUACGACACCGGGAAAAUGCUGAUCAUCCGGAGCCUGUCCUCGGAGCAUCUGGGCUCCUACAUGUGCAUUGCCAAGAACAGCCUGGGAGAAUACGCCUCCACACCCGUGACGCUCUCCCUGCCGCAAGACGACGUGGGACCCACAGAGGCUGAGCCCAUCGAGCCUGACCCCGUCCUGUCCGUGUCCGGAGGAGCUGCCAUCGCCCUCCUCUUGGCUGCAAACAUGGGGGGCGCGAUUCUGAUAGGAAGUGUGAGCUUCACCAUCGUCCAGAGCCUAAGGGCUAGCCAACGAGGACGGCGGAUGUGCUGCUGAGGCGGGCACCUGUCUGUCAGCCCGCGAGGUGAUGCCAGGAAGGGCCACAAGGGCAUCCUGGCGCUGCGGAAAAGACGAAGUUACUGGGGGCUCCCGAUGAGCCCUCCUCCCUCCUGGUCAUUGGCCCGUGGGAUGCUCUCAUCUUGUGAGAGUCCGGGAGAUGGCUUUUCUCUCCUCUGUCCAACUAGCAGCAUCCCAUCUGCCCAGCUCGCCAAAUCCCAGGACGCCACCGACACAAGUAGCCUGGAUUUCCUAAAACUCGUGGGCUGUAAGCAAAAGAUGCUCACGUAAGUGGCUCAAUAAAAACGAAAAGACAAGGGCGCCUA